UGAUGGUGGAGAUGUUGAUGGCAUGAUGUAUGAAAUGGAGCAAGCUCAACUCAUUCAGAUGCAGCAAGAAAGCGACAUGAACUACACACAACAGGCGAACAAGAGAUCGUAUUGCAAGCGACUUACAAGCUUUAUCCGUCUCGCUGACUACAUCAUAGUGAGUAUGAGACACCAACUGACAAGAAACACAGUCGCCCAGCCUUCUUCAUAUGUUUGAAAAUCAACUUGAGGUUCCAGUCUCCAUAACUCCAGUAGUCAGCCAAAGUGAUCUGGACAAGCUUGAUGACCCGCUAGUGACAAACAGCAGGAGUGUGAGUCCUACUAAAGAUGUGAAGGUAGAAGGUCGGGAGUCGCGUUUAAGUGCCCAUGAGUCGCGUCUGAGCAUCCAUGGAGAGACGCCGGACGUUCCUCCUCCUUUGUUUGUUACGCAGUUGCUUUUGAAGACGAAUCAGUUGCUGUUCUGUCCAAAUGUGGAUGAAUUUGUUUGUGCUAUGGAGAACGUGAUACGGUCAGUGGAAGGGACUGUGAAAAGUGUAGACAACUUGGUGAAGGAUGAUGCUUUUAAUGCUUUUACAAGUCCCAUCAUAAACAACAAAGUUGAGGAGAAGACAUGUGGUGAUGGUCCUAGUCUUGAGAGUGUGUUUGAUCAAGAUAUGCAUUAUCAAGGACUUAUAGGAGAUGUCAAGAACUCAAUUUUGAAGGCUUUCAAGACUGCACAACGAUAUGCAGACACGUACAUUCCUUUCCAGAAAUUUUACAUUGAGAAUGAGGCCACAGAUCUGAAAGCAUUGUGUACAGAUGAUCAAGAGGUGGAGUUUUUUCAGCGAUCUCUGGCUCGUUACAGUCAACAGAAGACGCUUGCGACGAGUAUUAGAAAGGAGAAAUCAGUUGGUUUGCUGCUUAUUGAUACAAAUAAACUGAAAGAAGCUGUUGUUCCAUCACCACAGCGUUGCCUCGAUGCUAUUCAUGAAUUUCUUCCCAUUUUGGUCAAGAGUCGCAUGGACAAACUUAUUGCAUUUGCUCAAGAUGCUUCUGCUCGUUUGGAAUCAAGGCCAUCUGCUACACUUGAGUAUGUCGGCUUUCUUACGUUUCUCAAUCAAGUUCAGGACAAAAUUGAAAGUAUUGAUGUUGAGGUGAAUGUUGUUAAAGACUUGUAUGAUUUGGUGGAAGAGUAUAGUGUGCCUGUACCACCUGAAGACUCUGCCACAUAUCGCACUCUAGUGCCAUCAGUCAGCAGUGUACGCAACUCUGUAGAUAAAGCUGUUGGAGAAUGGGAUGCAAGUGUUGACAAGUUCUGCUCUCAUCUUGAUAAAGACAUCGCAAUGCUCAACAAGGAGGUAAAGGCAGUGAAGGAAGAAGGCCAACAUGCAUGGAUUCUUGAUCCUCAAAGUGAACAUGAGAAAGUGACUAAAUAUGUAGAAGAACUUUUAGGAAGGCUCGAUGCAUUGCAAGAGAAAGCGUUCACAUAUAAAUCAUACCAGAAAAAUUUCAAGGUAGAAGUAACACGAUUUGAUGCGUUAGAAGAGACUCACGCUGAAGUGAAGAUGAAACAAACUCUUUGGAAGUCACUGAGUGAAUGGGAUGUACUAAACGAGGAAUGGCAUAAUGUGCCAUUUGAUGAACUAAAUUCUGAUGCAUUAGGAAACGCGGUCACAAAAUAUGUGAAGAUGGUUUACCAGUUGGACAAGGGGCUACCACCAAAUGGUGUCGUUCCUAUCCUAAAAGCUAAAGUCGAGUCGAUGCGAGACAAAGCUCCAGUCAUUGCAGACAUGAGGAAUCCUGCUUUGAAGCCUCGUCAUUGGGACCAAAUUGAGACGAUCGUUGGCAAGAAACUGAUCACCGAUGAUCCACUGACUCUCACCAAACUGACUGAAUUAGGAGUAUUCGAGCAUGGAGAGCAACUACAGGAGGUUUCUGGUCAGGCAUCGAGUGAAGCAUCGCUUGAAGCUUUGCUAAAGAAAGUGGAAGAAGCGUGGAAAAACGUGGAGUACGUAGUGCUACCUCAUCGUGAUUCAAAAGACGUGUUUAUAUUGGGUGGGACGGAUGAGAUCCAAGUCUUACUUGAUGACAGUCAUGUGAACAUCUCAACGAUUGCCGGAUCACGACACGUCGGUCCGAUCAAACCGAAAGUAGACGAAUGGGCAAAGCAGUUGUCGAUAUUUUCAGACACGCUCGACGACUGGCUCACAUGCCAACGUAACUGGUUGUAUUUAGAGAGCAUUUUUAGUGCACCCGACAUCCAACGGCAACUACCAGAAGAAGCGAAAAUGUUCUCACAAGUUGAUAAGUCGUGGAAAGAGAUCAUGCGUCGCGUCAACAAAUACCCCAAUGCUCUACGAGCCACCACACACCCUGGACUACUGGAGCAGUUUAGAACAAACAACCAGCUGCUCGACAAGAUACAAAAAUGCCUUGAAGAUUACCUCGAGUCCAAACGUCUUCUUUUCUCACGAUUUUACUUUCUCUCCAACGACGAGCUACUGGAAAUCCUUUCGCAGACUAGAAAUCCACUGGCAGUGCAGCCACACCUUCGCAAAUGCUUUGACGCAAUCCAGAAGCUCGACUUUGGUACAACUCCUUCACAAGAUGGCGGCCAAACAUACACCAACGAUAUUCUUGGAUUGUUGUCACCAGAAGGAGAGCGAGUACCUCUACAGAAGAUGGUCAAGGCGAGAGGCAAUGUGGAGACAUGGCUUGGACACGUCGAGGAGAGCAUGAUGACGUCGCUUAGGAAACUAACAAAGGCAUCGAUUGGCGACUUCGAGAGUCGUCCGCGUCACGAGUGGGUGACAUGCCACGCAAGUCAAGUGAUUCUAACCGUCGCUCAGAUUAUGUGGUGUCGCGAUCUCACCGAGUGUUUCACCUUGGAGGACGAUGUCCUCGGCGAAGUGAAAGGUGCGGAGGAACGCUGCUUUCAGAAUCUCAACAAACUGGCUGGUCUCGUGCGCGGCGAGCUACCCAAGCUAACACGUAGCAUCAUCACAGCUCUUAUCACGCUAGACGUACACGCGAGAGACAUUGUCACUAACAUGGUACAGAACGAAGUCAUCAGCAUCAACGAUUUUGAAUGGCAAAAGAACCUUCGCUACUACUGGGACCAGGACAUUGAUAACUGCAUUGUCCUCAUGUCAAACUCACGGUACAUCUAUGGGUACGAGUAUCUCGGCGCAUGCCCUCGUCUCGUCAUCACACCCUUAACAGAUCGAUGCUACCUAUGCCUAAUGGGUGCUCUACAGCUAGACUUGGGAGGAGCACCAGCCGGACCAGCAGGAACAGGAAAAACGGAGACGGUCAAAGACUUAGCAAAGGCUCUAGCAAAACAAUGUGUUGUGUUCAACUGCUCUGAGGGUCUCGAUUUCAAGAUGAUGGGACGGUUCUUUUCAGGGUUGGCACAGUCGGGCGCUUGGUGUUGCUUCGACGAGUUCAACCGGAUCGAUAUCGAGGUGCUGUCGGUUAUCGCUCAGCAGUUGCUCACGAUUCGAAACGCGAAAGCGGCGAGAGCGGCUAAGUUUAUGUUCGAGGGACGCGAAAUCAAGUUGAUUUCAUCGUGUGCUGCGUUCAUCACGAUGAAUCCGGGAUACGCUGGUCGUACGGAGUUACCUGAUAAUUUGAAGGCGCUUUUCAGGCCGUUUGCGAUGAUGGUUCCCGACUAUGGGCUCAUCGCCGAGGUCAUUCUCUACUCGGAGGGAUUCGAGUCGUCGAAGAAUCUGGCACAGAAAAUGGUGCAGAUGUACAAGCUGUGCAGCGAGCAGCUCUCGCAGCAAGAUCACUAUGACUUUGGAAUGCGAGCCGUCAAAUCUGUGCUUGUUAUGGCCGGCUCUCUCAAGAGAGAGAACCCCACCGUGCAUGAAGACAUCGUGUUGAUUCGAGCAUUACGAGACAGCAAUCUUCCCAAAUUCUUAGCCGAUGACGCACUCCUCUUUCAGGCCAUACUCUCCGAUCUCUUCCCUGGUGUUGAGAUCCCGUCCCAUGACUAUGGAAAGCUACAGCAAGCUAUUGAAGAUGCAAUUAUCAAGAAGGAUCUUCAACCGAUUCCGACUCUUGUUAAGAAAAUCAUUCAAUUGUAUGAGACGAUGCAAGUGAGGCAUGGCCUCAUGUUGGUUGGUCCAACAGGAGGUGGAAAGACUACGAGCUAUCAAGUCCUACAGGCUGCGCUAACCGAUCUCCACAGUCAGGGUAUCAAGUACGAGUUCUAUCAGCCUGUCCACACGUACGUCCUCAACCCCAAGGCCGUCUCAAUGGGCGAACUAUACGGCGAAGUAAACAAACUGACUCUCGAGUGGAACGACGGACUAAUGGCCAUGACAGUCAGACAGACAGUGAAAGACACGACAGACGAUCACAAGUGGAUCGUAUGUGAUGGCCCUGUUGAUGCUUUAUGGAUUGAGAACAUGAACACGGUGCUAGACGACAACAAAAUGCUUUGUCUGGCGAACAGCGAGAGAAUCAAGUUGAAUAGCACGAUUCACAUGCUGUUUGAGGUGCAGGACUUGCUUGUUGCAUCGCCGGCUACUGUCAGUCGGUGUGGCAUGGUGUAUGUUGAUCCGCACGACUUGGGAUGGAAACCGUAUGUGCAGACGUGGCUGCAAACGAAUGCGACGUUUAGGAAUGAAACAAAGGAAUAUCUUUUGCAACUGUUUGACACAUAUGUCGAUGCCGGUCUGACUUUCAUCCGCAAGAAAACCAAUCAGACUAUACCCCAGGUUGAUCUUGCCAGGAUCGUAACAGUAUGUGAUCUGAUUGAGGCUCUGUUGACUGGCUCGGGAGGACCAAACUUGAAAGAAGACGUAGCUAAGCUCCAUCCUCUCAUUGCCACUACGUUUCUAUUUGGUUAUGUGUGGGGAUUGGGUGGUAACCUUAUUGAGUCAUGCUUUGAUCCAUUUGACUCAUUCAUUCGUGAAACAUUCAGUGAUAAUCAAGACAUCAAGAUCCCAGGAAGUGGUGACAUGUACAGUUACUAUGUUGACUUUGAAACUCGGAAGCUGGAGAGUUGGGAGAAGAUUAUUCCGUCAUUUGUUUACGAUCCUGACGUUCCCUAUUUUGAUUUGCUUGUGCCAACUAUUGACACCGUUCGCUUUGGAUUUCUGUUGGAACGAUUGGUGAAGAUCAAUAAGUCGGUCUUGUUCACAGGAACUACAGGAGUAGGAAAGUCUGUCAUCGCCAAAGCCCAACUGAACAAAAUGAUUGAUCAAGACUUCAUUCCUAUUGCUGUGAACUUCUCUGCCCAAACAAACAGCAAACGAACUCAAGCCAUCAUCGAAUCAAACCUCGAGAAAAGAAGAAAGAACAUCCUUGGUGCUCCAAAAGACAAAAAGGUCGUCCUCUUCAUCGAUGACCUCAACAUGCCCAAGUUAGACACAUACGGCUCUCAACCACCUAUUGAACUACUUCGUCAAUUUCAAGACUUCCGUGGCUUUUAUGAUCGUGAGAAGUUGUUUUGGAAGGAGAUACAAGACGUUGUGAUUUGUGCAGCUUGUGCUCCUCCGGGUGGUGGUAGAAAUCAGGUCACUCCUCGGCUUUUCCGACAUUUCUCGAUGUUUAGUUUACCAUCACCGGCUGAGCACAGUCUGCGAAUGAUAUUUGAAGCCAUCAUGAAGGGAUUUCUUAACGAUUUCCCACUACCAGUCAAGCAGUGUGCAGAAGGCAUAGUCUCUGCUAGUGUUGAGAUCUAUGGCCGGAUGAGCACAGACUUGCUACCGACGCCAGCAAAGUCUCAUUAUGUGUUCAAUCUCCGAGACUUGUCCAAGUGCAUUCAAGGCGUUCUGCAAGCUGAUUCUGGUGUUAUUCGGGAGCAGUCACACAUCUUUCGACUCUUCUGUCAUGAAGCCCAGCGCACGUUCCACGAUCGUCUCAUUGACAAGACGGACAAAAUGUAUUUCUAUGGCAUUCUUGCAGAAAUGGCAUCCAAAUAUUUUGGCCAGGAGGUGCAACCAGACACAUUUGAGACACAUCCAAUUGUGUUUGGUGACUUUAUGAAGAUGGGAGCUCCGAAAUAUGAUCGAGUGUAUGAAGAGCUUGUAGACUACAAGAAGCUACAAACGAUUCUUGGAGAGUAUUUGGAUGACUUCAAUCUUGGCUCAGCUAAAGAGAUGAAGCUUGUGUUCUUUCUCGAUGCUGUUCAACACGUCACAAGGAUUGCUCGCAUGAUUCGUCAGCCUCGUGGUAAUGCUCUCCUUGUUGGCGUUGGUGGAACUGGAAAGCAAAGUCUCACACGUUUAGCAUCACACAUGUGUGGCUACAAAUGUUUCCAAAUAGAACUGAUGCGAGGCUACGAUUAUUCUGCCUUCCAUGAGGACUUGAAAAAACUAUACACCAUGGCUGGUGUUGAGCAGUUAGACACAGUCUUUCUCUUCACUGACACUCAAAUUGUAGUGGAGGAAUUCCUCGAAGACAUCAACAAUAUGUUGAACUCGGGUGAAGUUCCUAAUCUAUUUGAACCCGAUGAAUACGAGCAGAUCUUGACAGCAAUUCGUCCAGCAGCUAAGGAUGCAGGGAUUGCAGAGCAGGACAGGGAUGGUAUAUUCAACUAUUUUAUUAGCCGUGUACGAGAUCAGCUGCACAUUGUGCUGUGCAUGAGUCCGGUCGGUGAUACUUUCCGUGCUCGUUGCAGAAUGUUUCCUUCACUUGUUAACUGCUGUACAAUUGAUUGGUUUACUGAGUGGCCUCGUGAGGCUUUGCUGUCUGUUGCUCAGUCUUUCUUUGAGCCGGUAGAAUUGGUAGCUGAUGAUCUGAAGGGUCGAGUUGCUGAAAUGUGUGUGGAGAUACACACCAGUGUCAGUUCUAUGGCGGAUCGUUUCUAUGCAGAACUAAGACGACGCUACUAUACAACACCAACAAGUUACCUCGAGUUGAUCAACUUAUAUUUAGACAUGUUGGGAGACAAGAGACGUCAGUUAGAGAACGCACGAGAUCGAAUUUCAAACGGCUUGAAGAAACUCUAUGAAACGAAUGAUUUGGUAGCAACCAUGGAAGUCGAACUGACAGAUCUUCAACCAAAAUUAGUGCAAAAAUCAGCAGAUGUUGAGAAACUGAUGGAAAGAUUAGCAACUGAUCAAAAGAAAGCAGACAAAGUGAGAGAAGUUGUAUUGAAGGAUGAAGCUGUUGCUCAAGAGAAGACAACAGAGACAGAAGCAAUUGCUGCUGAUGCUCAGAGAGAUUUAGACGAGGCUUUACCUGCACUGGAGGAGGCAAUGAAGGCACUGGAUGCACUAGACAAAAACGACAUCUCAGAAGUUCGUGUGUUUACGAAACCACCAGAACUCGUGUUGACAGUCAUGGAGUCAAUCUGCAUUCUUUUUAAUGUUCGUCCUGACUGGGCAAAUUCUAAGCAACUGCUUGGAGACACGGCAUUCCUCAAGAAACUGAUGGAAUACGACAAAAACAACAUCCCGGAAUCAACACUGAAGAAGCUGAAAAAGUACAUUGACAAUCCUAAGUUUACUGUUGAAAUAGUGGAGAAGACUUCGAGGGCUUGUAGAUCAAUGUGCAUGUGGGUUCGAGCAAUGGAUACAUAUGCUCGUGUCUUCAAACAAGUUGCACCAAAACGAGAGAGACUGAAGGUAGCGCAGGUAGACUUGGAUGCUGUCAAGGCUCAGCUUGCUGAGAAACAGAAGGCACUGGCUGAUGUUGAAGCGAAGAUUGCUGAGUUGAAAGAUUCAUUUGACCAAACCGUGAAUGAGAAAGAGACAUUGACUCGAGACAUUGAACAAACAAGGUCACGACUCACUCGAGCAUCUAAACUAACGACUGCUCUUUCAUCUGAACAGGAACGAUGGCAGAUUUCAGUGACUGAAAUGAACAACGAUAUUAACAAUGUAGUUGGUAACGUGUUUGUAGCUGCUGCUUGUGUUGCUUAUUACGGACCAUUCACCAGCCGUUAUCGAAGUGAAUUGGUGUCCCACUGGGUGGAACAAUGCCAAGAGCUGGAGAUUCCAGUUUCAGAAGACUUUGUACUAGUCAAUACGCUUGCUGAUCCGUAUGAAAUUCGACAAUGGAAUGCUGAUGGUUUACCACGAGAUGCUCUCUCUAUAGAAAAUGCAGUCUUGGUGAAGAGAGGGAAACGCUGGCCACUCAUGAUCGACCCUCAGGAGCAAGCAAAUCGAUGGAUACGCUCGAUGGAGAUGAAGAAUGGCUUGAAGAUUAUCAAACUGACAGAUCCAAAUUACUUACGAACUCUUGAAAAUGCCAUUCGCAUUGGAAUGCCUGUUUUAUUGGAAGAUGUCGAAGAAACACUUGACCCAUCGCUUGAGCCGAUUCUACUGAGGCAAACAUUCAUGCAAGGUGGACGUCUGCUCAUCCAUCUUGGUGACAGUGACAUUGAUUAUGACAAGAACUUUCGAUUCUAUAUGACAACGAAGAUGGCAAAUCCUCAUUACUUGCCUGAAGUUUGCAUUAAAGUGACGAUCAUCAAUUUCACUGUCACAAGAUCAGGGUUGGAAGAUCAGCUGCUUAGUGAUGUUGUUAGGCUUGAAAGGCCAGAUCUUGAGGAGCAGAGAACGCAAUUGAUUGUGAGAAUUAAUGCUGAUAAAAUGGAGUUGAAGAAAGCAGAAGACAAGAUCCUCAAACUGCUUUACAACUCACAAGGCAACAUCCUGGAUGAUGAAGUUCUUAUUGAAACUCUUAAUAAUUCAAAGACAAAAUCAGCGGAAAUCAGCGUUAGACUGAAAGAAGCAGAAGAAACUGAAGCAAGAAUCUCAGCAGCAAGAGAAAAAUAUCUCCCAGUGGCCACUCGUGGGUCUGUCAUGUACUUUGUGGUUGCCAACUUGGCAGAAGUUGAUCCAAUGUACCAGUACUCACUCAAAUAUUUUAAACAAUUAUUCAAUCAAUGUAUUGAAACAAGUGAGAAGUCACACGACUUAGAAAAACGGCUUCAAAUUCUUCUUGACAUGACAACUUCCAAUUCCUACACAAAUGUAUCCAGAGGCCUUUUUGAGAGGCACAAGCUCGUCUUCUCAUUCAUGUUGUGUGGAGACAUCAUGAGACAGGAAGGCAGUAUUACAGAUACGGAAUGGAAUUUCUUUCUGAGAGGUGCUGCAGCCGUAGACAAGGAACAGCCACCCAAACCAGACGUUUCGUGGCUUACUCAGUCAGCAUGGAAGACUUGCUGUACUCUAGAGGAUAAUGUCCCUGCCUUUAAAGGCCUUUGUGCUGAUAUCUUGAAGACCCCAGUAUUCUGCCUAUUGGGAGAGUUGGAGGUACGUGUCAACCCUCCAGCUGAUCAAUAUAAUGACUAUGGACCAGAGCCACCAGUACCAGCACCACCAAGUGAAAACAAUCAACAAGAUGAUGACCAACAGGUCAGUGGCCAUUGGGACAAGCGACUGACAAUGUUUCAAAAGAUGAUUAUGAUCAAGUUAUUCCGCGAGGAAAAGGUCAUAUUUGCAGCUGUUGACUUUGUUUCAAGUAAUCUCGGUCGACAGUUUGUUGAGAGCCCGUCUGUUGACUUACAAGUUCUAUUUGAAGACAUGUCACCAACCACACCACUCGUGUUCGUCCUCUCAACUGGUUCUGACCCAAUGAGUGCGUUUCUUCGGUUUGCCAAAGAAAAGGGUUAUGGCGAACGCUUUCAUGCCAUCUCUCUUGGUCAAGGACAAGGGCCAGUUGCGGAGAAGAUGAUAGCAACAGCAACCAAGAGCGGAGACUGGGUAUUCCUCCAGAACUGCCAUCUGGCUGCAUCCUGGAUGAUUGCAAUGGAGAACAUAGUCAAAGGCUUCAGUGCACCCGAUCAGGACAUUCACACAGACUUCCGUCUCUUCCUCAGUUCAAUGCCAGCAAAAGCAUUUCCUGUCAGCGUUCUUCAAAACUCUGUCAAGGUUACCAACGAGCCACCAAAGGGUCUUCGAGCCAACAUUCGUAGAGCUUUUAAUGAAAUGACACAACCGUACUUUGAGGAUCACAUCAUGGGUAACACAUGGCGCCAACUGAUCUUUGGUAUCUGCUUUUUUCACGCCAUCAUUCAAGAACGCAAGAAAUUCGGUCCUUUAGGAUGGAACAUAAAAUACGAAUUCAACGACUCGGACCGCGAGUGCGCACUUAACAACUUGGAAAUGUUUCUGGCAGACGGUGAAAUACCGUGGGACACGUUGGUGUUUAUCACCGGUGAGAUCACAUACGGUGGACGAGUGACAGACUCAUGGGAUCAGAGAUGCCUACGAACGAUUCUCAGCCGGUUCUUCUCACCCGAAACCCUCAAAGACGAUUACCAGUUUUCAGAGUCUGGAGUUUACUUUUGCCCCAACAGCAGCAGCCUGAAAACGUACCGAGAAUACAUUGACCAACUGCCACUGAACGAUGACCCGGAGAUCUUUGGCAUGCACAACAAUGCAAACAUCACAUUCCAAAUGCAAGAGACAAAUGCUCUCACAUUGACUAUCCUCGACGUUCAGCCGAGACUCGCCAGCAGCGGAGGUGGAAUGACGAGUGAUGAUAUUGUUUACGAAUUGGGGCAGAGUGUUCUCGACAAGCUGCCAGAAUCACUAAACAUCGAUGAAGCAGAUGAGAGCAUGUUCAAGCCUGAUGCGAAGGGUCGUGUGAAUUCUCUCACGACUGUGUUACGUCAAGAAGUCGAUCGAUUCAACAAACUGCUCGCUGUCAUUAAAGAAUCAAUGAGGAAUAUCCAGAAGGCAAUCAAAGGUCUUGUUGUUAUGUCUGAGGAGUUAGAAAAGGUUUACACAAGUUUCCUCAAUAACCAGGUUCCUCAGCUGUGGGCGAGUGCUGCUUAUCCAUCGUUGAAGCCAUUGGCAUCGUGGAUCAAAGACUUGGUGCUCAGAAUACAUUUUAUUGAUCAUUGGAUCAAACACGGCCAGCCGAAAUCAUUCUGGAUAUCAGGAUUUUUCUUUCCUCAAGGAUUCCUGACCGGUUCUCUUCAAAAUCAUGCCCGGAAGUACAACCUUCCAAUCGAUGAUUUGAGUUUCCAUUUUGAGGUACUCAGCGACUACCGCGACCAGCAAGACUUCUAUAAUGAAUCACAAGGGCAGAAGAAAGGACAGAGCUUGGAAAUGGACGAGAAAAUUGUACAGAGAGAAGAUGGUGUGAUUGUUCAUGGUUUGUUCUUUGAUUGUGGACGAUGGGAUGAUGAGAAAAUGGUUGUUAGUGAGUCACUGUCCGAAGAGAUGAACUCGCCUCUACCGUGCAUGCACAUGGAGCCACGUCAGCACUACACGCCUUCACCAAGCAACUACCGAUGCCCAAUGUACAAGACAGCAGCUCGUGCAGGCCAACUAUCCACCACAGGUCACUCAACAAACUUCGUCGUUGCUGUCAGUCUACCGUCCGUUCGGCCAUCAAACUACUGGAUAUCUAUGGGUACAGCACUUUUAUGCCAGUUAUCAGAAUAGAGCGACUAAUAUGCUUACUGACUAGCACAAAUACUAAUAUUUUUAGUCACCUUGCAAAAUGAUGCAUUUAGUAUAUUAAUAACUUCAAUAUCCAGGAACUGGAAUAUCCAGGAAUUUGUAAACCUACUAUAUCAAGUUUUCUGUUUACUAAGUUUCAACAAUUUUCAUAACAAGACUCACUAUUUCCAUAACUAGGUAAGCAGCAGAACUUUUCAUGUGAGCUAUUCUCUACAAUUUGGGCAGUGAAAUAUCUUACCAUGUUUGUUGUAAGCAACACACUUAAAAGUGAUACCAUUCUUGGCAAUUAUCACAUUGUACCAUUUGCUGUCCAAAACACUCAGUUUGCCUGCAUAUACAAUAUACAUGAAAUCGAACUACGGAGGGUUUACACUUUCUGACAGAUGCUGUCUUGCCAAAAUACCUUGGAAAGGAGUUAUUUUUUCUUUAUAUAAACAAAACAAUAGGUGCUCCCUCAUCUCUGCUUGGAUGUAGUUUAUAUUUUGUGGGUCAACUCCAGCUGCAAUGUCAAACGCAAAAGCUACUGCAAAA